GAGGAUGAAAGGACACGUGGCUGGUGGAAACUUUCAGUGGAGCUCUUAACUCGGUUUUAUACCACUUUCGCAUUGCAUCAGAUUCAGUUUCUCUUCCACAUUCCAAAUUUGAAACCACUCUCUAGCAAUUCGACACAGAUAUUCACAAGCGAAGAUGUCGUCACGUGAGGUGAAUGUGUACAUGGCGAAACUAGCCGAACAAGCCGAGCGUUACGAAGAGAUGGUUGAGUUCAUGGAGAAAGUUGCUAAAACCGUCGACUCUGAAGAACUCACUGUCGAGGAGAGGAACCUUCUCUCCGUUGCUUACAAGAACGUGAUCGGAGCGAGGAGGGCUUCGUGGAGGAUCAUCUCUUCCAUUGAGCAGAAGGAAGAGAGCAAAGGGAACGAAGAACACGUUGCUAUCAUCAAGGAGUACAGGGGGAAGAUUGAAACCGAGCUUAGCAAAAUCUGCGACGGGAUCUUGAAUGUUCUUGAAGCUCAUCUCAUCCCCUCUGCUUCGCCUGCUGAGUCUAAGGUGUUUUAUCUGAAGAUGAAGGGAGAUUAUCACAGGUAUCUUGCUGAGUUUAAGGCUGGUGAUGAGAGGAAAGAUGCUGCUGAGAGCACUUUGGUUGCUUACAAGUCUGCUCAGGACAUUGCGACUGCUGAGUUAGCUCCAACUCACCCGAUCAGGCUUGGUCUUGCACUCAACUUCUCUGUGUUUUACUAUGAGAUCCUUAACUCGCCUGACCGUGCCUGCACCCUCGCUAAGCAGGCAUUUGAUGAAGCUAUCGCUGAGCUGGAUACAUUGGGAGAGGAAUCAUACAAAGACAGUACGCUGAUUAUGCAGCUUCUCAGAGACAACCUCACUCUCUGGACUUCUGACAUGACUGACGAAGCAGGAGAUGAGAUAAAGGAGGCAUCGAAGCCAGAAGGCGGUGCAGCAGAGUAACGCUGAAGAAGAGGAAGUCGUUUUAUAAAGGGUAGAAACUUCCUUAUGUGAUAAUCUGAGUGAGGGAUAAGCUCAGGAUUCUUAUCAGAUACUCUUUUGAUUUGAGUUUGUUUAUUUUGUUUGUUUGGGAAACAAUUUGAAAACUACUUUCGAAUUUGCGAUUGAUUCCUCGAAAUUUCCACAAAUGAUCCUCUAGUGUGACAAUAAUAAACAUGUUUAAUCACAUGCUUUAAAUUUUUCAAA